AUGCCCGCUGGAAGCAUCCCAGGCGGGUGGAGUCCCGUAGGAAACAGCCCUGGCGGGUGGAUUCCUGUGGGAAGCAUUCCGGGGAUGCAUCCCGACGAAGAAUGCAUUCCCGCCGUCGAAGAAUACAUUCCCGUCGUCGAUGAAUGCAUUCCAGCCGCCGAGGAAUGCAUUCCAGCCGCCGAUGAAUACAUUCCCGACGAAGAAUGCAUUCCAGCCGCCGAAGAAUGCACUCCCGACGGAGACAUUCCCAACUGA